AUGGCUGGUGGACUCGGCCAACGGCCACUGUCCGAAGUGAGCCCGAUGGCGCAGCGACGCAACUCCCCUAGUUGGAACCAGACUAGCAAGGUGCCGAGUGGGGAGAUGACCACUUGCGAUGUUUCACCUAAGAACAAUGGGGCCUCCCCGCACCUCUUUUGGAAGGGUCGUGAAUCCCCAUCUCCUUUUUCCAAGGGCGCGGAAAAUCGUGCGCCUUACGACCCAGAAUCUGUGUACCUGCCCACUAGACGUCCAUCCCUCGAGGAUUUGAAGCGGGUGUCGCGAGUGAAGAACCACAAUAUGUUCCGUGAAAGCGGACAAGAAUACGACCCUGCGCGGGUUUCGGUGCCUCACCGGCCAUUGGCUGCGGAUCGGUCUCCUAACCGAGAGAGCCAAAUGAACCUCGCCAAGUCGCAGUUCACGGAUGAAGAAGCCGAUGAAAUACCGCGACCACAUUCGCCUAGCAAGGAGCAGCCAUCCCCGAGCAAAUCAUCGCUGUCCAAGGCCACUCGAUACGGCAAGGGCUUUGACCCGCAAAAUGAUAUUUGGUCCGAGUAUGAUAGUGCUGGUCACCGCCAUGCUAAGAGUGUUACCUUCGAUGCUGCCCCACCUCAGGUUAAUGAAUAUGAGAUGAGAACUCCCGAUCCAGCUUCCUUGGCCUCCGAGUCCCGCGAGAACAGUUAUGAUUCAGAGGACUACGAGGAUGUCAGCUUUGAACACGAGUCAUCCGUGGAGCGUGAUGACAGCUUUGACGCAUCUCUCGAAGACAUUGAAAAGACACCGGUUGUUUUGCCAGAUGAAUGGCGCUUCAUGAGUCCUGGAUUCGAUGGAGAAGGUGACUCCUUCGCAGAGACAGUGGAUGAUGAAGCCGUCGAAGACCGGCCAGUCUCGCGUGGCGGUGAAUCUUCGCAUCACUCUCGUGUUGAGUCAUUAGAUUCAAAUGGCGAGAGACGGCCCUUGCCACCUUUGCCCCCAUUGCCUUCGGUGUCUCGUACGUCUGGUUCUCGACCCUCCUCAGCAAGCAAGACAUCAGAUGCCUUUGAGCUAGGUAGCGGUAGUCAACGUGGACUGCCUGCUCCCCUCGCUCCGGCUUCCUGUAAAAAGGCUGAUAUCGAUGGAGAUAUGUCCCUAGAGGACAGACUUUCCCUCAUGAUGCUGCAAGAUCAGAAGCCCUCUGGUCACGAUGAUAACGAAGAGGAGACAGCCGAGCGUGGCGUUAGCCCCAUGCCCAAAGAAGAGGACCCUGAAUCUACCCUUGAAGAUGAUGAGGGGGAGAGCUACGAGGAUGACGACUUUUUUGGCGAUGACUCCCACAUUGCAUCAAGCCCUCAUGCUUACGACCAUUACGAUCCCGAUGUUCCCAUCCCGUCAUUGGAAAGCGAUGAAGAUGAUGCUUCCAGUGUGAUUAUUAAGGAAGAAGCCCAUGAUGAUGACUUAUACGCCAUCCCGGAUUACUAUCAGAACUCCUCGGAUCACAGCCUUUCGUCUCGCGACCACCGCGCCAAAUAUGACGAAGACAGCAACUAUUCGCUAAAGUCCGCGGCUGAAGCUGGUGCGAAUGAGAACGCCAAAGGCUCUGGCCAGACUACUCCAGUCCCUGCUGAGGCGAGCCCUGCUCCUCCAGCAUCCACCCAAGGAAACGAAGUUGAGAAGGCGGAGUCCCAGGAAGACCACCAUCUAGACAUAGCCUCUCUUCGUCAAUCACUUGGUCGCCCUGCCACUCCCGAGAUCAAAGAGGAGCCAAUCUCGGAGCCAUCCACCCCAGACUCGGUGAUCCGUCAUCCGAUCGAGGGCGAUGAUGAUGAUGAGCAAUUUGACGAUGAACAAGACGUGGAGAGCUCAUCGGACGAGUCUGUCCCUGAGCCGGUGGCUACUAUUCGGGCCCCUGGCGCUGGAUUGAAGACUCGUCCAUCACUGACCCCUGCAGAUAUGGAGGCUAUGGCCGCUACUCGCCGAAAGAUUAGCGGUCAAUACAUCCCUCCUGUCCCUCCGAUGCCGGCUUUCAAUAAGCAGACCGCCAACGAUGCCCAGGAGCCUGAAAAAGAAGCUCCCAAGACCGACAACGCCCCACAGCUGGCACUUCCUGCUAAUCUUACCCAGCGUCAGUCUAGCUUGAUGCAGUUGGACAUUCCGUUCAGCAUCCAGGAGGAAAGCCUUGGAUCCGGCUUGACUAAGGAAUUUGAUCGUGUCAUUGAAUCUCAAAAGGUGGCGUUCAACCUAGCUCUUUCCAUUCUUGAUGUUUCCCCCAUGCCGGUCCGCCUCAUCCAACUGCUGGCUUCUCAAACCCCAGGACAUUUCACCCCAGCCAGCCCUAAGUCACCAGCUAACAAAGAAUCAAUGAAGCAGAGAGGAUAUUUGAUGCGACAGAACACUAAAGUCGUUAUUGCCAGCAACCGAAAUGAGGAGGAGCCUGCUGUUCCAAUCGAUUCAUCCACACAAGAUCCCCGUGGCACUCGUUCUGCUGGCUCAUCACCCCGCAAAGCCAGCCAGCAGACAUGGACAACAGAGCCCUGGAAUGGACAGCCAAGGAAGCCCAGUGUGAAAUUGGCAGGUGGCCUCCCGAAGAAGAAGCCGGUAGGUGGAGCUGUUCCUCCACUUCCUGGUCGUCAGAGCAAUGUACUGGAGACUCCAGCCACUAUUGAUGAGAAUGAGCCGCUUGGUCAGGAGGUCUAUGAAGACGGCGAGGAACGUGGUCGCAUCUUCGUCAAGGUUGUGGGAAUAAAGUACAUGGAUCUGCCUCUCCCGCGUGGCGAACGAUCUUACUUUUCCCUUACUCUUGACAACGGCCUGCAUUGUGUGACCACUUCAUGGCUUGAGCUUGGGAAGUCAGCUCCCAUCGGUCAAGAAUUUGAGCUGAUUGUGCAAAAUGACCUCGAGUUUCAAUUGACUCUGCAAAUGAAGGUCGACGAAAAUAAGCUGUACCCACAGGAGGCUGCCAGCUCUCCUCGCCAAAAAGCCUCAACUCUCAGUCGUGUCUUUGCCUCGCCUCGCCGUCGCAAAGAGUUGGACUUGCAGCAGCAGAUGCAAUCUCAGCAACAUAAAACAAAGGACAUCAAUGCCCCUGUUUGGGAGCGCCUGCGCAACGUUGUUGCACGGGACGGCAGUUUCGCUCGUUCAUACGUGGCUUUGAGUGACCACGAAAAACAUGCAUAUGGCCGCCCUUACACGGUUGAUGUUCCUUGCUUCAACGAGUGGGCAGUCGAUGAGCAGCCCAGUAGCGUCAAGAGUAAGAAGAGUGCAACCAGCAUCACUGCCCAACGCCGCCCACCUUACAAGAUCGGAAAGCUGGAGUUGCAGUUGCUUUUCGUCCCCAAACCCAAGGGUGGCAAGGAUGAUGACAUGCCCAAGAGCAUGAAUGCCUGUAUUCGCGAGAUGCGCGACGCUGAGAGUGUUGCAUCCCGCAGCUGGGAAGGGUAUCUCUCUCAGCAAGGUGGAGAUUGUCCGUACUGGCGUCGCCGUUUCUUCAAGCUCCAGGGCUCGAAACUGACCGCCUACCAUGAAACAACACGGCAACCCCGUGCUACGAUCAAUCUGGCUAAGGCUGCUAAGCUAAUUGAUGACCGCUCAUCUCUCAUGCAGAAAGAGCCCAGUGGUAAGAGCGGUGGCCGACGAAAAUCUGCAUUCGCCGAGGAGGAGGACGGCUACAUGUUCGUGGAAGAGGGAUUCCGCAUCCGGUUUGGCAACGGAGAAGUCAUCGAUUUCUAUGCGGAUAGUCCAUCUGCUAAGGAAGGAUGGCUUCGGGUGAUGUCAGAGGCUGUGGGCAAGGGCUCCACCUCCAACGGUCCAAUCAAGGCCUGGGCUGAUCUCGUUCUCAAACACGAACGAAACAUGAAGUCUCGACGACAGACUGCGGAUCGUUUCCCUCCUAGUGGGAUUCCCACCCCUUCAUCGCCUGUCAGGCCAAGUGCAGUCAUGGCACCCCCGUCUUCAGCGGGUUCGGCGGCGCCGGCGCCCCAACCCAGUCGUCCCCGCCACAAGCACACUUAUUCUCAACCUGAGAUGCCUAGUGCUGAAGCUCGCCGACAGAAGACUCGAUCCCUCAUGUUCUGA